CGUAGCUAGUUUAGUUUCACCGGGUAAACUUUAGCAAACUUUCUCCGACACGAUGCCGAAAAAGAAAAACAAGAAAAGCAGCGACAACCAAGAUGAAGACCAGAAAACACAGAAAAAGGAGCCUCCUACAUAUAAAACCGGCUCAGACGACUCAGAGAGGGAUUUGUACCUGACUCAGAUCCGAUAUUUGACCGAGCAGUUGGAGGGUUAUCAGCUGAAAUGUGAUGAACUGGAGACUCAGAAGAAGGACUUACAGAUGCAGCACAGUGCUCUGGAGAAGGAGAAAAAGGACAUUGUUGAGUAUCUGAAACGCUCCCUGUUAGAGAAGGAGGACGAGGUGGAGGAGCUGUCAGAGCGUCUGGAGAGUCAGCAGCAGGCUGCCGAUAAGGACAGCGACGCUCUGCAGCUGCAGCACAGUCAGCUGACGCAAGAGCUCCAAGACCAGAUAGAAGAACUCAGCAAGGAGAACACAGCGCUCGCCACAACCUUGGCCAGCCUGGAGGAGUUUCAGAAGCAGAAGGAGCAGCUCAUGUCCAGCCUGGAGUCUCUGGAGAAGCAGCUGGUCAGUCUGAGGGAGGAGCACAAAGACGACAUCCACAGCCUGGAGAUGAAGGCCCUGCUGGAAAAGAGGAGGAUGGAGAAGGAGAUGGACAGCCACGUGGCGGCCAUGGCGGCAGAGGUGGAGCGCCUGGUGGACCAGAGGGUUCCCGAGACGACCAGGUUGGCCCUCCAGGAGAACGCGGAGAUGAAGGCUCGGCUCAGCGAGCUGUCGGAGCAGGCUCAGCUCGUGAUGAAGGAGAAGUCGGCGCUGCAGGACCGCAAGAGCCGACUCAGCGCGGACGUGGACGUCCUGGAGGAAAUGCUGAGCGAGCUGACCCGCAAGAGCUGCAUCCGCAAGAAGGUGAUCGAGCAGCUGACGGAGAAGUGUCAGCUGCUGCAGGCGGAGCUGGACGUCUGCACACAGGAGCAUCAGCAGCUUCGCUCCGAGCACAAAGACAUCCAGGCUGAGAUGAAGGCGCUCAGACAGGACCGAGCCUCGCUGUCUGAACAGGGCGAGAAGAGCAGAGCCCAGGUGAGUCGGCUGGAGGCGGAGCUGCAGGAGGAGAGGAGGAGGAGGAGGAGGAUGAAGAGCACCGUGCAGGAGGCAGCCGUCAGUCUCAGGGAAGCCCUGCUGGAGGCACCGACUGAUCAGGACUCGGAGGCGGACUCCAGCGUCCUCCAGUGGAGGCAGCUGAUGCAGAGGCUGCUGGUUGUCCUGGAUGGACCCACGCCCGCUGACUCCAACCCUGCAGCAGACAGCGCAGAGACUCUGGAUCCGGCUCUGGAUCCGACUCGGAGCUUCGAGUUUCAUCUGACCCGCUACAGACCGGGAGAUCUCGGGUUUGUUCCUCCUCCUGCACCGAGACUCAAGCACAGGACGGGAGCUGGGUCCAUCCUGCCUCUGCACAGGAAACCGUCCAGUAAGAAGACGACCAGCUCCGUAAACCUGACUGAUUCAGCUGUCAGAUUAUUGACGUCCAAACGCUCGGUCACCAAACUCAAAUGACAGAAACAAAACAGAUUUUUUAAUCACUAGAAAAAAAGCUUUUUACUGUUACAGGAAAAAAAACUAAAAUAUUCAGUUCUUUUCUUACUUCUUACUUAGGAUUAUGAAGGCAACAUGUGCCAAACCUCUGACUCACACUUUAGAUUUAUUAAUAAAAAUAUAAACUACAGAUUAAUUAUUGAUUCAUCUGUUCAUCUGAAUCUUUUGGUUUAAAAAACAUCAGAGAAUGGUGAUAAAUAUCCAACAGUAUCAGCUGCUGUCUGGGACUUUUACAUAUAAAUAAACAUCGGAGACAUUCAGAGGAUUAUGAUCUAAAAAAGAAGGCGAUUAACCGUGAGAACAAACACAGGUUGUAGUUACUCUCUGCUGCCACCAGGGGGAGACAAAAGCUCCAUCCUGCAGGUUUAAGUUAAAACCUAAAAAAUGUUUUUUCAUCACGCUUUCCCAGAGAUUAAUACAACUGGAAAACAUGAUCCUCAAUCAGCAGUGGAAGAAAAUAUCAGUGUUUACUUUGGUGAAAGUACAAAUAAAGUUAAGCAUUAAAAUACACUUAAGAGUACCAAAAGUUAAAAUAUUCAUUAAGGAAAUUGGCCCAUUUCAGAAUAAUGUAUAUGACUGAGUCUUUAAUUGUAUAAAUAAUACAUCAACAUUUACAUUUUGUAUUAUUCAGAAUCUACAAACUAAAGUUAGCAGAUUAAAGUAGUGCAGUAGCAAAGUACACUACUUAACUCUGGAGUAAAGUAAAACAGAAAUACUGAAAGUACUCGUGUUUCCUUAAGGUUUGUGGGUCCUAAAUGAAGACGAGACAGAUUUAAAUUCUUUAAUCGAUGUUUAUUUGUUAUAUGGCAAAGUCUCAGGCACUUCAAUUCUCAUUCGAAGAUGAAAGUCAGUACCUGGAUGAAACACUAGAGCAGGACAGACGGUUUAUAUUACACAUGAGAGACAGAGAGAGAAGACAACUAAACUACUGUAACCACCGUAUGUACAAUGAAAUACAUAUAUCUGCAUUAAAAACUAUACUUUUGAUAAAUAUAUAACUUCAUGGAUCGUUAAGUAGUAAUAGGAAAUAUUCAAAAUACUGUGAUUCUUCUUUUUUUUUUUCUUUAAAUAGAUACAAAGGAUUUGUAUAAAAGUACAGUUUCUCCAGUCUAGGUCACGUCUACUCAUCGAUGCGUUCAUCCGAGCUGAUGUCGAGGCGAGUAAUAUAUACAGGAAACACUUUCCUCUAACGUGUGGGUGGAUUAUUCUCCAUCUGUUUACUCUGAUGUGCUAAAAAAAAAUCACAAAUGAAGGGGUUUUUGUUGCUCUUGAAUGAUCAACAUUGAGCUUAGGAAUAAAAAAAAAAAGGUCAAAUUGCCAAAAAAAGGAGAAAAACUAAAAAGAAAAGCUGAAUGUGUCCAUGUUGGUGUGAACUCCAGUGGUUUGCUGAUUGUUUGAAUGUGUCAGGACUCGAGGCACCAGCUGGUUACAUUCAUAUUCAAAGGGCACUUUGGGCUCGACGUGGAGGCGAGGAAGAAGUGUGCACAUAAAUUAAAAAAAGAAGGAAAAAAAAA